CACCGAGUCAACGAAUGGACACGGUCAAAGGUUACAGGAAAACAACACAAGUUCAUCAUUCCUCCAGAGGUCCCAGACAAGAAGGUAUUUUUAAGUUCAUUAAAACGUUCUAUGUGUGAUGAGAAAUGUAGUGGUGUGUGUGUGUUUGACCAAAUCUCUCUUGUUACAGUUCAUUCUGAUUGUUGGCGAUUCUCAUCUGCGGGCUAUAGUCGACGGGGUUGUUCCCAUGCCAAAGUCACAGGACAUUCCACUGUCGUUUGGCUUCAUGUCUACGCCUGGGGGCACUGCUGCAGACCUGAGAGCCGAGUUGGACAAUGCUCUUCUCCCCCGGAUCCCAGAUGCUAUCUGUCUCUUGGCACCUAGCAACAACCUCACUGCUAACCAAACCAUCAGUGAAGCGGCGGCAGAUUUCCGCAAACUACUGGACAGCACCAUCAACAUUUGUACUAAGGUCUUUGUUGUCGACUUCCCGCCGCGUUUGAACGUUGACCUGGACGUACAACGGCAUUAUCGUGACGAGUACCAUCGUGUUGCAGCUCCGUUGGGUAUUGCCUCCUACCCUGUUGAUGAGAGGUUCCCGUUAAACAACCUCAAGCUGUGGAGCAAAGAUGGCACUCAUCUCAGCGACAACCAUGGAAUGCCAAUCCUGGUGAAUGCUCUCUACAUGGCCUGCUAUGUCCAGUUUUUGGAGCCAAGGCAAGAUCCAGCACCAGUUGGCUGGAGAGUUGUUGGACCAGGCAGGAAGAAGUCUCGGCCAGCUGUCAAGUCUGGUGUUCCUGCCAAGAAGAGGCACGUUCAGCAGGAGGAGGUUUUUGUGUCGAAGCCAAAUCAAGUGCCAAUGGUCCGUCGAAGGGUCCCUCAAAGGUCUUCCCCCAGGGUUGCUGCAUCACAACCCUCAGAUGGCUGGACAGUUGUUGGACUAGGCAGCAAGAGGUUCCAGCCAGCUGACAAGUCUCGUGUUUCACCCACAAAGAAACUGGUUCAAACUGAGGUAACAAAAUGUGUAACCCGAACUUUGACUGUUUUUUUUUGUCCUUGUCAGGAGGACAUGGCGGAAUGUUCCAUUGUGCUAAAUCCUGUGUGGUUUAGUAAGGAGCUUCUUCAAACUUUGGGCGAUGGCACCAUUCACAUCCCAGCCCCUGUGUCUCCACCUGGUCCAAAGGGCCCAAAGGUUAGUUCAAUACUGUAUUUGUUUUUCCUGUUGGUUAAGGUUGACGUUACAUUGUCAAACACAUUGUGUAUUACUAAAAAGCAACAUUGUUUAUAUUGUUUUUCUAUCUGUUAGAAGGCAGUGAAAGAACGUCGCCACCAUCAGUUUGCUACCAAGAAGACAGCCCUUUUGCAGCAGGACAAGGCUACUACACCAAUGGAACUUCCUGGUCCGUCGUCUGCCAGUCUUGCCACAGUGGCUCUGAAGGAGGUCAGGAUACCUUCAUCGGAUCAGCCACUGGAGCACCCUGGGAAGGUAACGCAU